CUCAGCACAGGGAGGAGAGGAUUAACGCCGCCGCACAUCUCAUCUGCAUACGUACUCCGAGGGAGCCGCAUGAGGAGCCAAGGCUUAUUUUGGUCUAAAACCUUUGUCUCCUCUCACCAGGUCCUCUCUGCGUCUACUAUAACAGGACUCUUCUUGGGACUGUGAUACUGGGACUCUUCUUAUUUGGACUCUUGAGUAAUUUCAUCCACACCUUAUCAACAAUAACUUUGAUUGGCAGGGACUUGCUUUAGGUCUUAAGGGAGCUUCUUCAUGUUUGGACAUUGGCGCUAUCUCUUCAUCUGAGCCGGGAGACGGCCGAGCCUGGGAUGCCAUCUAAAGAGCCCUAUGAGGCUCAAAAGGAGGACAAGUCCCUGGUGCAAAGGGCCAAACGAGAGGCCAAUCAAGAAGACAUUUUGGCGGCCACUCUGGGGAUGAGGAUGGGGCCCGAGAAACCUUCGGCCACCUUCUGGCAGCCACUGAAACUCUUCGCCUAUUCACAGCUCACUUCUCUUGUCCGUAGAGCCUCGCUGAAGGAAACCGAACGCGUGGCAAUAUCGGAGAAAGUCCACAACUUUAAGGUCCAUACCUUCCGCGGGCCUCACUGGUGUGAGCACUGUGCCAGCUUCAUGUGGGGGCUGAUGGCUCAGGGGGUCAAGUGUGCAGACUGCGGCGUGAAUGUCCACAAACAAUGUUUACCUCUGGUCCCCAACAACUGCAAGCCGAGUCUGAGACAUAUCCGUAAAGUGUACAGUUGCGACCUCACCACCUUGGUGAGUGCCCACAACACAGCGCGGCCCAUGGUGGUGGACAUGUGCAUACGAGAGAUUGAGUCAAGAGGACUGAAGUCUGAAGGUCUGUACAGAAUAUCAGGAUUCAGCGAUUCCGUGGAAGAAGUCAAGACGGCGUUCGACAAAGCUGGAGAGAAGACAGACAUCUCAGUGAAAGCGUACGAGGACAUCAACAUCAUCACGGGUGCUCUGAAGCUCUACCUCCGGGAUUUGCCUGUCCCCGUCAUCUCGUACAAUGCGUACCCCAGGUUCAUCGAGGCCGCAAAACUCACGGACCAGGACAAGAAGCUUGAAGCUUUCGGAGAGGCGUUGGCUAUGCUGCCCUCGUCACACAAUGAAACACUCAAGUAUCUCAUGGCGCACUUAAAAAGGGUGACCCAAAAUGAGAAAUACAACCUGAUGAACGCCGAGAACCUGGCCAUCGUUUUCGGACCCACUCUAAUGCGAAGCCCGGAUCUCGACGCUAUGACCGCCCUCAACGACAUCCGCUACCAGAGGCAGGUGGUGGAGGUGCUCAUUAAAAAUGUAGACACGCUCUUCUGAACACACAUCAAGACGACAGAGAAGCCCUCAAAACCUGCUUCUUUUUUUUUUUUUUUUUUUUUUUUCAGAAACAACAAAAAGAGGUUUGAGUUAAUUUUUAGUUCUGUAUAAAUGCCACUAGGAUUGUAUGGCCUCUUUUACCAUGCACUAGGUAUAGAUCAGGAACCUUACACGUUGUACGCUAUUGCCUCCCCAUUUCUGUCGGGGGAUUUAUGUGUCAAGCUGACAUACCAGCAUGCAUCAGUACUUUGUAGUCAUAUCUCAGCAUGUGGAAAGAUUGUUUCACUGUGAUUUAUUGCUUUUGUCUGUGUGGUGAUAGAUGUAGUCCACAUUCCCACCUGCCUUCCGUGCAGUCGUUUCUUCAAACUUUGUAUAGAUUCAACUAAAAAUAAGCUACUAAUUUUUUUUUUUUUUUGUAGGGGUGUGGGGGAUUCUUACAAUGUCUUAUUUUUUUAUUACCUCGUUGAAUGAGCCUUUCGGACUUCCCUAUCAAUGUGUACACACUGUUUCAUUUGCCUGACUUAUUUGUGAAUGAAUUUUGUAAUGUCAUUUGUACACAACAUGUGCAUGACCAGUUUAAUUUAUUAAACUGAUAA